AUGCAACGAUUCUUGAUCGCGAUCGUCUUCUCGCUUUUGGUCACCCUGUGCGCAGCACAACAAAACUUCAACCCCGAGGAAGCAUACGUUCUUGAUGAGGUAUUUUGAAGAUUAUACUAUUCAAAUGAAAGUUUGGUGGAGAAAAAAAUUGAGCCGGGAACCGUUUAAAAAAAAAUGCGUUUUCGUCUUAAAGCACAGAAAGAGUAAAUUACAGCUUUCUAAAAGUUUGAUUCGAUUGAUAUCCAGAAUAUUCAUUUAAACUGACAGUAUUUGAGCUACAGAUAUUAAUUUGUCAAAACUGAAAAAGAAGAAGACAAAAAAAAAGAGGAACUUCAAGAAAACGACUUUUAAAGAGCAAAACUCACACAAAGUACCAACCUUUAAGAACUCGUUCAUUUUAUGCACAUGAGUUUGAAAAAUUGUCUUCCAGCUCUAAUAUGUGUGAAACUCAAGAAAAAAAUCGAUUGGAAGAUUUUGAAUGAAUUUAGAUACUUUUUCCAAAUCAUUUCGAUUCAGCAUAAAAUUUCGAGCACGUUCAAAUUUAAGAAAAAUUUAGUAAAGAAAUCUUGAAUCUCAAAAAACUCAUUAGAAAACAAAAUUUAUAAUUGUCAAAUCGCCCAUGAUUUUAAACAAGCUUUUCAUUGUUCAAAUGAUGAAGCUCAACAAAAAUUGUUCUCAAGACCACCAAUAUUUGACCUUUCAGAGACAUUUUCAAAUUCACUAGUUCCUUACACAUUCAUGACUUCCAGAGCUAGUUUUCGAGCCCCUAAAAGGUAACAAUUUGAGGAUAACUUUCUUUGAAGGCACUUGAAUAAAAUAAGGACUUGAAAGGGCCAUUUUUCAACUUGUUGAGUUGAAUUUACGUUUAUCAGCUUUCAAGCAUAAAAAAAAGAAAAAAAAACUGGAUUUUUAAAUAUCAGUUUUCCAGCUCUGGAGGGUUGAGAAAUAGCUUUUAAAGAUUGACUUCGAAACUCUUUGAUGUGUUAUUAAAAAAAGCCUUGCUGAGUGUGUGAAGGAGCCAUUUUAAUGAAGGUCUCGAAGCGAAGAGCCAUUUUCAGUGUCAUUUUGAGCAGGAUUUUGGGUCUUCAAAAGCGCAAAAGGUUUCGAAAAAAAAAACAAAGUAACCAUUUCAAAAUGAUUUAGCACAUUUUUGUGUGCUAAAUCAAAAAACUUCUAAAAGUAUCUAAAAUACAAAUUUUUCUAUACCAGAGUCUAUUCUGUUUUGCCAUUUGAAUCAAAUAUUUCACAAAAAAAAAACUUGCAUUAUAUUUCGAAAAAUGUCCAAAAUUUUGGCGUUUCCUUAACCCGUCGCCCGUCGUAACAAAAUAGAACGGCCUCGUGGAAAAGCAAAUGAAAAAUUAAUGCGAUUCGAAUUUUCCUUGUCUCCCCACGUUCCCUGUUUGUUUGACGUAACUUUUUUUUCGCGGCUCAAUGGAUGGAUGCGAAGCGGGUAAUGAAGGAGAAGAAAUGAAAUUAGCUUUGGUUCAAAAAAAUUUUUCGGAUGAAAAAAAACUUGUUUUGUUUUGAGCUUCAACCAGAAGCUCGAAUUUUGAUUUUUGAUCAGGAAAAAAGAUUUUUGAAGAUUUGGUCGCACAUGAAAUGACUCAGAGCGUAGCGGUUGCUUUGAAAAACGUACGUAUCGAAACUACUUGAGCAUCAGCAUGAAAUAUAUUCGAGCGCUAGAGCCAUUUCAAGUGCGACCAUGAGUCUGCUCAAAGUAGGAAGAAUGAACUGGAUAUUUAAAAAGUAUGAUACAAAAGCUACCAUCGAAAAAAAAAAAUUAUCUAGCUUUUACGAAUAACUUUCGAAUAAAUUUUUUUUUUCGCUGACCAGGGAACGUUUUUUACCCCCCGGUUGAACUUUCGCUGAAACUUUGCUUAAGUGUACUUUAGGACCUCCUGAUUCCAGAACAAGAAAAAAAUUUCUCGCAAUAGAUCUUGUUUCUGAGUUUUGGAGCUUCAAAGUGUGCAAAAUACGCAAAUUAGGCCAAAAAAGCGCUAUUUCGGGCUUUUGAAGUGUCCUAGCUCGAAAACGAAAUCUAUUGCGAGAAAUUUUUUUCUUGUUAUGGAAUCAGGAGGUUCUAAAGUACACUUCAGCAAAGUUUCAGCAAAAGUUCAACCGGGGGGUAAAAAACGUUCCCUAGUGAGCCAACUGCUUAAAAGCCUAUAUAUUUUGAAUUAUGAACAUUUUUUCUCUCAGUUUUUAAAAUCUGAAGAAAUUCUUAAAUGACUACAGCUUGUCCAGACACGAAAACGGAGAGAAAAGAAAAAUGUAUACCACGCCCUUCGUCUCAAAAAAUAUUUAUGAGAAUAAUAUAUAUUUUCAGGUCGACAAACGAUCCCCUAGCGCCAAAUGGAUGCGUUUUGGAAAGCGAUCUCCGAGUGCAAAAUGGAUGAGGUGAAGAACUAGUCAUUUAAUCGGAAAUAAGAAGAUCUUGAUCGCGUUUGGAAUGGCUCACUCCAUGAGAGGCAUCGUGUUGAGUCAUUCCAAAUGCGACCAUGAAUGUUUCUAAACGAACGCUGAGGAUUUCUAUGAGUCAUUUUAAGAGAAUUGUACAUUUUAAUCUAAUGACGUCACUUUUAGGUUCGGGAAGCGGUCUCCGAGCGCGAAAUGGAUGCGAUUCGGCAAGCGAUCGGGUUUUGAAGCCGACGAGCUGGAAUAUUGA